AUGUGCUCGAAUAGCAGUGUAUGUAGUAGUGCUAAAGCAACAGAGGUCAUGCAGGAAAUAAACUAUGCUGAAGAAGUUGAAGCAUUAAAGGAACAGGUAAGGAGCAUGGUGGUGGAUGAAGAAACUAAACCAGAGGAUAAGAUGAUAUUGAUUGACACGCUCGAGCGCCUUGGAGUGGCAUAUCACUUCGAGAAGGAGAUUAAUGAACAGAUUGCACAAAUUUUCCAACUUCAAGAACAAAAGGGGGAUGAAGACUAUGAUCUUUACACAACUUCUCUUCAUUUCCGCUUGUUCAGGAUGCAUGGAUACAACGUUCCUUGCAGUGUCUUCAAUAAAUUUAAGGAAGAUGAUGGCACAUUCAAGAAAUCCCUUACCACAGACAUCAAGGGUUUGUUGAGCUUGUACGAAGCAGUCCAACUGAGGCGUCGCCAAGAAAACAUUUUAAAUGAAGCCAAGGACUUUGCAACCCACCAUUUAACAUGUGCCAUGCCAAUAGCAGACUCUUGUCUUCAACAAAGAGUGGAACGAGCCCUGCGCCGGAAUAAGCAUUGGAGUCUUUCUAGAUUAGAGGCCCGCUAUUACAUUUCCAUCUACGAGAAUGAAGAAUCGAAGAAUGAGUUACUUUUGAAGUUUGCAAAAUUGGAUUAUAAUUUGCUGCAAAAUCUGCACAAAGAAGAAAUUAGUGAACUCAUGAGAUGGUGGAAGGGCCUUGGCAUCGGUUCGAAACUCCCCUACUUACGAGACUGUGUGGUAGAAUGCUAUCUUUGGACUGCUGCUGUCAAUUUAGAGUCGCGAAACUCUUUUCCCCGAUUGUGUGCUGCAAAGGGCUUAAUGCUCAUUGUAGUCAUGAAUGAUACGAUUGAUAGUUAUGCUACAUUGGAAGAAGCAAGAAAGUUUGUGGAGAUUCUGCAGCAGAAAAAGUGGGAUAUGGAAAAGAUCGAUCAACUUCCAGAAAUUAUGCAAAUUGCCUAUAAAGCUAUUUUUAGUGCAUUUGAGGAGUUGGAACAAGAAAUAUCAAAGCAAGGAAGGCCUUAUGCAGUUUCUUAUUUCAGAGAAGCAGUAGGAAGACUUGCAGGUAGCUAUCUCAAGACGCUCACAUGGUACUUAGGACACGAGACACCUACAUUUCUCAAGUGCAUUGGUAAUGGGAUUUAUGACAGCGGCAGCCAUGGAGUUGUGGCAGCAUACUUUAUGGGCAUAGAAUCAGCCUCAGAGGAGGUGUUUAAAUGGCUUAUGAGUGGUCCUACAAUCGUAGAGGCUUCUGGCCAAUAUGUUCGAUACACAAAUGAUAUCGCCACCUAUAAACAUGAACACAAGCCAGGUGAACUUCCAAAUACGUCAAUUGAUUGCUACAUAAAAGAAUAUCGUGUGUCAAAAGAUGAAGCUAUAGCUAAGCUUUGUGAGCUUGCUGAGGAUGCAUGGAUGGCAAUGAAUGGGGAAUGGUUAUCAACAAAUCGUGUACCAAGGGAAUUUCUAAAACCGGUAAUGAACUAUACAAGAGCUGCAUAUCUUUCCUAUGGGGAAGGUUCAGAUGGAUUUACAUGCCCACAGACAGGGCUGAGUAAAGACAUAGAAGCACUCUUUAUCCAUCCCAUAACAAUCAAUUGA